AGGAGCCACUGUGCGAGCCGGACACAGAGAGCGAGCGACUUCAAACUGAGCUCCGAAUCAAGCUCACAGCGGGUGGAAUCCACUUCUUCACUCUUUUCAGGGGCUUUCUUUAUUUAAAGGAUUAGACCAGAAACUGGGAGCGACGGUGAGUCUCAGCUUUCUUUCUCCCACAACUUGCAUCAGAAAAACUCAAGCGGCUCCGCACAGGACUCCAAACUCUUGACUUCUUUUUUUUUUUUUUUUCAUGGUAAUGUGACUUUUCAGUCUAAACACGUUCAUUAAGUGUAAGCCGUGCGUGUUAGGAUGAUGCGUUCCUCCUUUAUAACCCAGCAACCCAAAUCCUGACACCUACUGACUAYGAGGACAACCCUCCUCCAACAGAAACAUAACUUUGUCUCAACAUAUCUGUUCCGAAACCUGACUAAAACCUUUUGGUGUAGCUUGCGAAACUUUUUUUUUUUAGAAAGGUUGUCCCAGUUUUAUCGAUAUUGAGUAGUUCAUUUCUUCAGUUAUGGAUUCUCACCGCUCCAAGACGCACAAGCCCUUUGUGCGCAGGCGCGUCGGUUUGUCGCCGCCUUCUACCUGAGUGAGGAGCGCACCUGGAUCCAACAAAACGGAAGUUAAGUUUAGUGGAGUCAGUGUGGAAGGAUUUGUCUCUUCGGUUGGCGUUACUGUUCUGCUUGUUGGAGCUGAAGCAACAAACGAAGUCGAUAAAAGCAGAAAAAAAAUGACUCGGUUUUGUGAAAACACCUAAAGCACUGCUAAGCUGAGACCGUGGCUCAUCGACUCAUGYUGAAUCUCCCUCCAAAGGCAGCCUCCUCUCCAUUAACAAAGAAUGACAACUCUUCGCAGAGUUCUCCGAAGAAGACUGCACCCCUAUAUACUGGCAAUAGUGGCCUUAGUGUUUGUGACAUUUGUGUUCUUCAUACAAUGGGAAGUUGGCACCCAAAACCAACAGGAGGACCCCUGGCUGAAGGGGAUGGCGGUGAAGCGGGACAACGUGCUGGACCUGGUGUUUGGAGCUGUCAACUUUAGGGCAGUGCCGAAGAUGCAGAUCAAAGCCCCUGUGAGGCAGCAGGGUGAAGCAGGCGGUGCCUCCUGCCUGCCAGGUCACUACACUGCUGCUGAGCUCAGGCCGGCUCUGGAGAGGCCACCCCAGAACCCGCUUUCUCCCGGAGCUGCUGGGAAACCUUUCCACACGAACUCGCUGAGCCCCGAAGAGCAGAAGGAGAAGGACAGGGGCGAAGAGAAACACUGCUUUAAUGUUUACGCAAGUGACCGCAUCUCUUUAAGCAGAGACCUGGGAGCGGACACGAGACCACCGGAAUGUAUCGAGCAGACCUUCAAGCGAUGCCCCUCCUUGCCUACCACGAGCGUGAUAAUUGUCUUUCACAAUGAAGCUUGGAGUACUCUGCUUAGGACGGUAUACAGCGUCCUUCACACUUCCCCGGCCAUCCUUCUCAAGGAGAUCAUCCUGGUGGACGACGCUAGCAAGGAUGAUGUUUUGAAGGAUGAGCUGGAUGAGUAUCUGAAGAGGCUGAGCAUUGUGCAAGUAGUCCGCCAGCGAGAAAGAAAAGGACUCAUCACGGCUCGGCUGCUGGGUGCCUCCGUGGCCACCGGUGACACGCUCACAUUUCUCGACGCUCAUUGUGAAUGCUUUAAUGGAUGGUUGGAGCCUCUUCUGGCAAGGAUAGCUGAAAACUACACUGCUGUUGUGAGUCCUGAUAUAACCACUAUUGAUCUCAACACGUUUGAGUUCAUGAAGCCAUCCCCCUAUGGACAGAACCACAAUCGGGGCAAUUUUGACUGGGGUCUUUCCUUUGGGUGGGAGACUUUACCAGAUCAUGAAAGACUACGGAGGAAGGAUGAAACAUAUCCCAUUAAGACUCCAGCAUUUGCUGGUGGCCUCUUUUCCAUUUCUAAAGAAUAUUUUUACCACAUUGGAAGCUACGAUGAAAAAAUGGAAAUCUGGGGAGGUGAAAAUAUUGAAAUGUCGUUUAGGGUGUGGCAGUGCGGUGGACAGCUGGAGAUUAUCCCAUGCUCCAUUGUUGGUCAUGUUUUCCGAACUAAAAGCCCCCACACCUUUCCCAAGGGUACACAAGUUAUUGCUCGAAACCAGGUACGACUGGCCGAGGUUUGGAUGGACGAGUACAAGGAGAUCUUUUAUCGUCGAAACCAGCAAGCUGCGCAAAUCGCAAAAGAAAGAACUUUUGGAGACAUCUCGACACGCGUGGACCUCAGAGAGCGGCUGCAGUGCAAAAGCUUCACGUGGUAUUUGAAGAACRUUUACCCAGAAGUCUUCAUGCCUGAUCUCAAUCCGCUCCUCUUUGGCUCAGUUAAAAAUGUGGGCAAAGACGCAUGUCUGGAUGCUGGGGAGAACAACGAGGGUGGAAAACUACUGAUUAUGUACCCAUGUCAUGGAUUGGGAGGAAACCAGUAUUUUGAGUACUCCACACAUCUCGAGAUUAGACACAACAUUCAGAAGGAGCUGUGUUUGCACGGCACAGAGGUGGCUGUGAAGCUGGAAGACUGCCAAUACAAAGGCAGGAAUACAUUAGUAGGAGCAGAACAGAAAUGGGAACUGAAGGAUAACCAGUUGCUCUACUUACCAGGAUGGAAUAUGUGUCUGACUGCCCGUCAUGAGCAUCCGUCUUUGACUCAGUGCAACCCCUCAGACAGAUACCAGCACUGGUCCUUCAUCUAAGUGUGCAAAACACUACUUAAAACAUGUCUGCUUUGUAUGCAGGAGCAUACUAGAACACAAGUGUUCUAUAAAAAGUUUUUCUUUAGAUCAGUAACCACGUUGGAUUUUAAUUUAUUUUUAUAGUUAGAUGAACUGAACUACUGCUGCUGAAAAGUCUGGACAUUGGAAGAAACCAUCAUGUGCCACUGUUACAAGAAAGCAAAUGGUUCAUGCAGCAGUGAUGAGUACCUCUUUGUUUUAUCUUAAUAGCUUCACAAUCAAAAUAUGCAAUAUUUAAAGUCAGCUGGUGGUUUGGUUGAUUUAAAGUGUGACAAACAAGAGGUUCAUGCUGRUUUUACAGAACUCCUAAAUGUGAUGCACCAAAGAGACAAAAUUAAAGUCACACAAGAAAGAUGAGCGUUCUCUUAUUGAAGUAUUUUCUCUACAAAGUGUAAGAUUGUUUUUUUGGAACUGUCCAGUGUCCUGGAUGUCAUGUUUUGUUUUUGUUUUUCAACUAGUAUUUUAUCUUUUUAUUUAAGUUUGCACCAGGGAAUGAAAAUGGUGAAGGUUGAGGUGGCAACAAACUAUUGCCUUUAAAUUAAUUUCUGCUUUUUAAGUCCUUUUUUUUAUCUGAAUGGGACUGCUAAUUUUAUGCCAGUUUGGCCAAGUGUUUUGACCUAAAAGGAAGGAACAGGUGUUACAAUCAAAAUCAUUCCUUUUUAUUGCAUCAACUCAUCUAUAAUAAGCACAGAUUUUAUUAGUUACAUCAACUUAUUUAGUUGAUUUGAAAAAAGUAAUAUUUUGUGUUUUUAGACAGACAUUUAUAAAAGUAUUCACAACUUCCUUAUAUGCCAUAGCCUGUCUCUUUGUGUGCAUCUCGUCAAGAAUCCACAAAUGUAUUUCUGGUGCAAGCACUGGUGAUUAGAUGACUGUGAAAUAUGUUGUGACUUGUUAAAGAUGAGAUUGAAUGUGUUUGUUUUUGUCAAAUGAAAACAGUUUAGUGUUUCAGUGCCAUGAUGAGAUGUUAUUUUGGGUACAAUAAAUUCUGUUGAGUUCCA